CCCAAGGCGAGAACACUGCUGACGUGGCAGCCCGCCACCCCAGCCCCUUACUGCCCCCCGCCCCUCUCCCCCGCCUGCCAGCUGCCAACAGGGCUCUGCCCUGUGUCUGCCACACCUGUCACUGCCUGUCCUUGUCCAGGGGGAGCCCCAUCAGCCCCUCCUCAGCUGCCCAGCAGAGCAAGCGGUUAGUGGGGAGGGGAGGGAACAUGGAGCGGGGGCCGGCGGUGGGGGCAGGGCGGGGGGCCGGGGCCCAGAUCUGGGCACUGCUGGGCCGCUUGGUCAGGGUGCUGCUCUGGGUGGCCUCUGCUUUGCUGUACUUUGGAAGCGAACAGGCUGCCCGCCUCCUGGGCAGCCCCUGCUUACGGCGCCUCUACCAUGCCUGGUUGGCAGCAGUGGUCAUCUUCGGGCCCCUUCUGCAGUUCCAUGUCAACCCUCGGACCAUCUUUGCCAGCCAUGGCAACUUCUUCAACAUAAAGUUUGUGAAUUCGGCGUGGGGCUGGACGUGCACCUUCCUGGGGGGCUUCGUGUUGCUGGUGGUGUUCCUGGCUACACGGCGCGUGGCAGUGACUGCCCGGCACCUGAGCCGCUUGGUGGUUGGGGCAGCUGUGUGGCGGGGUGCCGGCCGGGCCUUCCUGCUCAUCGAGGACCUGACGGGCUCCUGCUUCGAGCCUCUGCCCCAGGGCCUGCUGCUCCGCGAGCUGCCGGACCGCCGCAGCUGCCUGGCGGCCGGCCACCAGUGGCGGGGCUACACCGUCUCCUCCCACACCUUCCUGCUCACCUUCUGCUGCCUGCUCAUGGCCGAGGAAGCAGCAGUGUUCGCCAAGUACCUGGCCCACGGGCUGCCCGCCGGCGCACCCCUGCGCCUUGUCUUCCUGCUCAACGUGCUGCUGCUGGGCCUCUGGAACUUCUUGCUGCUCUGCACCGUCAUCUAUUUCCACCAAUAUACUCACAAGGUGGUGGGCGCCGCAGUGGGCACCUUUGCCUGGUACCUCACCUACGGCAGCUGGUAUCAUCAGCCCUGGUCUCCAGGGAUCCCGGGCCAUGGGCUCUUCCCUCACCCCCACUCCAGCCACAAGCAUAACUGAAAGAAAUAAAGGCACUUCAGGCCUG